GAAAAAUCAAACGAGGAAUUCAACGUUGGCGGUGGCGGCGGACGAAGCACCGGACCGAUCGAUGACUGGUGCCACGAUGACACGCCGUAUACCUUCGCGUGCUGUCGAGCCGGACGGUGCUACCUCAUCAAAGUCAUUCGCGGUUGGCACGAAGCCGUCGGUUUUCUAUACCAAACCAUCAAUGGUUUCGCAUGAUGCGACACCUCCUGUCGAUGUGAUAGAGUCCUCACCUCCGACAGUCGUCGAAGUUGACGACGACGAAGCGGAGAAAAGAAAGCGCAUGCCCACUGGCAAUACACCCGUGAGAGUGAAGAAACGCACGGAGCCGAGGCGGUCAGGCCGACUCAUUACGCCGUUACAGAUUGACCUCACGAGCUCUGCUUCGUCAGCUUCACCAGCCACUUCAGUCGUCAACCUCGUCACCAGCACCUCAGUCGACAUCGACAAAUCCAUCAGUCCUAAAUACAGAAAGAACACUCGCGCGGGGCGGCACAAGGCAGGCUCAUCCACUUUGAUCCGCAUUUACAGCGACGACCGUGAGCCAAGUUUGAUUCAUUCGAUGGCAAUUUGGUUUUGAUGAGGUUGCUGUUGCAGAUGCUGUCGCCAUGGCAACCAAGUCUCAAGUUCCAGCGGCGCCUCUUCGCCACGAUGAAGCAAUCGAGAUGUUAAACAAGGCAUUUGCCGAGGUUGAAAAGGACGAUCGCGCCAUGUACCGUGUCACGGACGACUUUAUCCGAGAUGAGACCGCGACGAUUGAAAAGUCUGCUCUCGUGGAAACCACCGACGCGGCGGACUUGCGGCGCAUGUGCACAUAUGGCGAGAUCGAUGCGAAGGACUUUUCCAAACUCAUCAUGCCGUACCUCGACUUAAAUGCGGACGACGUGUUCUACGACCUCGGAUGCGGGACGGGCAAGAUCGUGCUUCACGUGGCGCUGCAGACACCGUGUCGAGUUUCGAAGGGCAUCGAGCUGAUGCUAAAUCGCGUUUCUGAAGGCCACCGCGCGCUCGACCGUGCAACCGUCAUGUGCCCUUCCAUCGUACCACACAAGACGGUUCGUAUCGUCCAUGGAGAUUUGUGUUUUCCGCCGGAGGAAGUCAACUUGAUGGACGCGACGGUCGUGUUCAUCAACAACGUCGUGUUUCCGCCAGCACUCAUGACGAAAGUGCUCGAAAUCCUUGGCGACAUGCAGCACCUCCGCCGCGUCGUUAGCAUGCGAAAGCUCUGCGAGCGACACAGGCCCGAGCGAUGCGGACGUCACGAAAGCGCUUGCGUUGGGUUUGCCCACCCGCCAGUCGAAGACAAAGUUGGCGUGUCGUGGGCCAAGGACGCUCCGUUUUACGUGUACGACAGGGUCGUGUAAGAAUAAUAGAAUAGAGUGAGCGAUCUCGGAGGGCGGCGCAAAGAAUAACGGGCGUCGUCGAUUCUCUC